AUGUAAACAAAAAAAGUUGCAACACAUUCAGGCUGUUUCCAUUGUGAUGAAGUUUUAGCUUGUACAAUGCUAACUCGUUAUACAAAUGAAUUUAAAAACUGUUCUAUUACAAGAACUAGGGAUUAAAAAAUAAUUGAUGAGCAUGAUAUUGUAGUAGAUGUUGGUGGUUUAUAUGAUCCCUCAAAACAUAGAUAUGAUCAUCAUUAAAAUUCUUUUACUGAUACAUUUAGUGAAGAAUUUUAGAUAAGAUUAAGUAGUGCUGGUUUAAUAUAUAAGCAUUUCGGAAUGGAAAUUGUUAAAAAUAUUUGUGAUAAAAUUUUAGAAUAAAAUAAAUAAUAUUUACAAACUGAAAUUUAAUUAAACGAAACUAUAUUAUAAGAAAUCUAUUACAGAAUUUAUAAAGGAUUUAUUAUGUCUGUAGAUGCUAUUGAUAAUGGUAUUGAUUAAUACCCUAAAGAUAUAAAGCCUUUAUAUUAUAAUAAAACAUCACUAUGGUCAAGAAUAUCUCGCUUACAACCACAUUGGACAGAAAAGUAUAUUGAAGACGAUAUUUAAAGAUUUAAUAAAGCCAUGGAUAUGGCUGAUGAAGAGCUUUUUUCAUAAGUAAAAGUAUUACUUUUGAGUACAAUUCCAGCGAGAGAAUGUGUCAAAUAAGCAAUUAAUGGAAGAUUUAACAUACAUUAAAGUGGAUAAAUUAUAGCAUUCGAAACUCCAUUGCCUUGGAAAGAUCAUUUGGAGGAUUUUGAAAAUGAAAUGGAUAUAAAAGGAGUAAUUAAGUUUGUACUUUUUCCUGAAAGCGAAGAAAAAAAAGCCUGGAGGGUAUAAGGAGUGCCAGUUAAUUAAGGAAGCUUUGAUUUAAGAAUUGGGUUGAAAAAAGAAUGGAGAGGAAUUAAAGACAUGGAUAUUUUAAAAAAUGUAACAGGUAUUUAAGAUAUUGUAUUUGUUCAUAAUAGUGGAUUUAUUGGAGGUGCGAAAAGUUUUUAAAGUACUUUAAAGAUGGCUUUGGAAAGUAUUGAAAACAUAUAAUGAAAUUUA